GAUUUCAAGCUUCAAUUUCUUUUUUGAAAAACCUUCCUAUCAUUAUUACUCGCGUAGUUAUCGUCAUUCGAAGUUUGGUGAUUUUUUGACAAAUUUUAGGUGUACCGCUUUUUUUUCGACUGAGUGUAUAUACAUCAUCAAAUCAGUAUACAUAUGUAUAUUCUUGAUUUACUUUCUCAAAGAGGAAAUAAUUUUGAUAAAUUAAAUCUGAAAAUUGUAGUGUAAGAGCACAAAAAUAUAAGAACAUUACAAUAUAUCAAUAUUUUUUAAAUAGAAGCCACCUCUACUAGUUUCACUCCAGUUUUGUGUUAUGGCUGCAGGAUGUGUAGUAGAAGUAUUUAUGUAUACGUGGCCAGCAGAAUUUUUGAUGCGUACGAACUAUGAGGUCGGACAUGCAGCAUUCAAUUUACUCGAAAACAAUCAUUUGAGUAAUUUCAUUCAAAUAUGGCAACUUCUGCAAUUUAUUAUAAUGCGAUGUCAAGAACCUAUAGUGGUUUCAAUUCCUUGUCUUAUGCCGGAACUAUCUUUUAAUUAUUUUUCAAAAUAUCUUUCGACUAUACUCUCCUAUUUCACAACACUGCGUGUAAUGAUGGACGAUGGAUAAAUAAAAGUAAACUGAGUAUUGUAUACAAAUGAAAUAUACUUGAAACGACCAUUUUAAGUCAUUAAAAAUUGCACUACAAAAA